AUGUCAAGUUCCCGGCGUUCCCGACCAGAUCAGUUCUGCAUUCACCGAGUCGAUGGAGAUAACAGUACCCUCUUGACAACGGUUGAGUAUAAGCCACCUCAUAAGCUAUCCGUUGAGAACCUUUAUGCAGGACUGCAACCGAUGAAUUUUUGGGAAGAGAUAGUCCAGCCUGAUUCCGUCCCCACUGAAGAGCCCACAAAGUUGAAAUAUAAUGCAGCCCGGCUGACAGGAUCCGCUGUGACCCAAGAGUACCAUGUAAUGAUUCAGGAAGGGCUCAAGUUCUCCUAUUUGACUAAUGGAUUUGCGUUGGUUCUGCUACACGUCCCUUACGAUGAACCGAGCACCCUAUAUUACCAUCUAUGUGAGCCAAACAUGGAGAUCGAUCCUGAUGAUAACUGCAGCUUCGAGCAGCCAUUGACGGCCAUUGCACGGGUUUUGUGUCUGUGUCUAAUGAGCUUCAGCGCGCGAUUUCGCGACCAGAACCCACUGGGCUCGGAAUAUAGUCCCUCUGGUAGCUCCGCGCGCACUAUCUCGGAGUAUCUCCUGUCGUCCUCGCCUGUUGGAUCUUCUACACAGCGCCGUGGAAUGCCGACACGGUCUCGAGCUCAGUGUGCGCCAAAUACGAUAGACCCUGACAAUUCACCUGAUUCCGAUACGGACCCUGCUCCCGGUGGGCGGAAGCGUGGCUUCAGCCAGGUCACAUCGUCUCCAUCAUCUCCAUUAUCUCCAUCGGUGCAACGAUCAGCACGUCAGACGGGGUCCCGACAUAAUGAAAGCGGUCGGUAUCAACACAGCGCUCAAUUUUGUACCCAGCGAUGCCUACUUGGCCUACAACAAGGAGGCCAGCUAGAUGAUGAUUGCCCAAAUAUUAUGCUCCAUCAGCAGGGUAGAACCAGCAGCCGACACCUGAUCGACGCCAAGAGCUUGGUUCAGCAGAUUAAACAGCAGCUGGAUGAAAAUCUUGAUCGCGACUGCAUGCCGAUAGGAGGCUGUGGGGCAUCUGGAGCGCCCUUCAAGAUCACCUGCACUACAUAUGGGUAUACGGUUGUCGGUAAAGGGACUACGGCCUAUCUCUGGAACAAGGUAAAACGUGAAGCGGAUAUUUACUGUAUACUUUGGCAAGUACAAGGGUCUGCAGUCCCUGUUUUCCUCGGUGCAAUCGACCUGGCCAAGAUCUACUUUCUACAUGGGGCUGGACAGAUCCACCAUAUGCUACUCAUGGCUUGGGGUGGUGAGCCCAUUAGUAAGAUAAAUCAUACCAAGGCGAUCAGGCGUGAAAUUUUGCGGUCUCAGAAGAAAAUUCGUUCAUUGGGGGUUUUGCAUCAGGAUCUUCGGCCGGAUAAUCUCCUGUGGAAUACUGAGCUAGGUCGGGUUUUGAUCAUCGACUUCCAUCAUUCGAAAUUAGAUGUCCGACCGACAAAAAAGCGAAUGAGAUUACGCGAGAAGCUCUUGUGCAGAGCAGAGGAACACAGACGAAAGCGACUCCGUGCGGGCUACAAAUGA